AUGGAGAGCGAACAACCCGAGUUGAAGUGGUCUGCACCAUUUGCCGUCGUCCCUCCCAUCAAAUCCGCCUCUAGAGACUUGCGCGGUGACAAGAUCCUGCUUCCCCAGUCUGCCCUCGAACAACUGCUUGCAGCGUCCCCGAGGCAACCCGCGCCCUCCAACUCGACCUUCACUUCCUACGAUCCCUUCAAUCCCUACGCGCGACAGCAGCAGAGUCUCUACCAUGAAACUUCCCAGCAACUGCCGAAUCCCUUGAUGUUUCGGUUGGUGAAUCAAAAGAAUGGAAAUGUGGUAUACGCCGGCAUCCGCGAGUUUUCCGCCGAGGAAGGGGAAAUUGCGCUGGGCCCCUAUCUCAUGGAUGCUCUAGGAUUACUUCCUACCGACUUUUCUGACAAGCUUUCCACCAAACAGCCAUCUGAUGUGACCUUUGACAUGGUCAUGGACACUCAACCACAGUUGACGGUGCACGCCAAGCAACUACCCAAGGGCACUUAUGUCCGCCUCAGACCCCUCGAAGCCGGCUACGACCCCGACGACUGGAAGUUGCUUCUCGAACGCCAACUGCGCGAAAGCUACACAACCCUCACAAAAAAGACAGUCCUGUCCGUUCGCGGUGUCAAGGGCGAAGAUUUUAAGUUUUUGGUCGACAAAUUCUUGCCAGAAGGCGACGGUAUUUGCGUGGUUGAUACAGAUUUGGAGGUGGAUAUCGAGGCUUUGAAUGAGGAGCAGGCCCGUGAAACUAUGCGCCAGAUCAUGGCCAAAGCUCAGCCUGAUACUGCCAAUGGAAGCUCAAAAGGAGGCGAGAUCGACGUAUGGAAGCCUGCCAACGGCCAGGUCUUGCAAGGGGAAUACGUCGAUUACGAACUACCCUCCUGGGACCGCACCCGGCCCUUGACUAUCGAGCUUUCCGAGCUCCCUCACCCCGAUCGAAUCGACCUAUUUGUCAGUCCGAAAUCAUCACGACAGCGAGCACGACCACGGAACUCCGAGUACGUCUUUGGCAACUUCAAUCCUGCCGAAGACGGCAUCAAGUCCAUCACGAUACAACCCACCAAUGUCGAAAUUGAGGCUGCUGAGGAGCUUCUCAUUUCAAUCUAUUGCUACCCGCUGACAAAGUCUCUCGAAGGAAGCCCGACACUUGUCGCAACAUCAACUGUGGUCGAACCCUACAUGGUGUUGGAUCUGCUGGAGCUGUUGGUGCCGGAACAGCGAUGGGCCAGGGACCUGGUAAUGAUCUUGGUCUCUGCUCCUUGUGCUUCGGCCCCCUCUACGUCAGCAUGCACGACCCAGAAGGCAAAGCUCUCCGGCGACGCAUCGAGAGAAGAUACCUCAGCCAGCUGAUGACGGGUUGUGGGAAAAAGUGGUGUGGAAACGAGUGGUGCAAGUCAGGGAGGACAAAUCUUGGACUUGAAGCGAAGGGUGGCAGCGCGCAGGCCGCUCUUCCGCUUGUGAAGCCACUCGUGCAAAGUAUUCCCGAAUUGAAAGACCCCAUGCACUUUUGUGUGGACCAGUCUUCACAACGACGGAGGAAACUGGCAGAAAUGCUAGCGGGUGAGGGCGUAUGGGAGUUUGAAUGGUGCAUUGCUGCAUGUGAGGCAAGUACGGGAGAUUUGGAUAAAUCGCGAGAAUGGCUGAACAAUUGGGCGCCUACUAGAUAGAGAAUGCGGAAGGCAUCUAGCAUUUUGGGGAGACAUCGAGAGAAAUUCACGGGCGUUAGCGGGUAUAGAGCAUUGUUGAUACCACAUAGACACGAAAAGGCGUAUUUGAGACCGGAU